AAAUAUGGCAUAUUUUAGAGAUGGUUUGAGUUGCGAUUAAUUACGAUUAAUUAAUUUUUAAGCUGUGAUUAACUCGAUAAAAAAUUUUAAUCGUUUGACAGCCCUAGUUAAAUGUACACCUUAUGCCUAAUAUAUACAGUACUGUGCAAAAGUUUUGUUGAAUGUAUAUAUCGGUCAUUGUCUUUCCAUUCCAACAAUAAUUUUAGUAACGGAAAUAAUUACUUUCUCUGGUAACUAGUUACUUUUACUAUAGAGUAAUUCAGUUACUAACUCAGUUACUUUUUGGAAGAAGUAGUGAGUAACUAUAACCAGAGGUGAAAGUCGGCCAGAACGGUCAGUAACGCAGUUCCGGUAUAAGUUUCAGAGCCAGAACGCAGUUCCGAUAUACGAUUCAGGAGCGGAAUGCUGUUCCGGUACACGGUGCUUUGAUUCCGAAAAUAUGACAGCAACUGUCAAAACGUGAUGUAAAAAAAAAAAAAUGCUAAGCUGCCACACAUGAAUUUCAGUUUCAAGAAAACAAUCUACCAACAUCUGAUAAUACACAAGUGUUAAAAACAAGCAUAAUAAAGUACUUGUGUAGGGUAAUUGUUUCCACCAAUAUUUAUUUAUAUAUUAUUUAUUUUAUUCCACGAACGGCAUGGAGGUUUUUCCCCAGCUGCCGCAGUUAUCUGAGUCUGACGAUGAUGAGUCAUGUAAAUGUGCGAAUGCACGCAGCAAGGCAAAACGCCUGGGCUCAUUUAUGCGUUCAGUUGGCUGACAUACUGACAUGCGAUCAGCAGAGAUGGUUAGCUCUGGUUGGUUCAAAUGUGCAUGUUUUCUGGAACAGCAAAAAAAAAAAAAAAAGUUGUUGAAUUGAUACGACAAAAAAAGGGCAAUGCAACAUAAAAUGGAUCAAAUCUUUAAGGGCGAUGAAAGAGUUGAGGUGACAUACUGUAUUUAUAUUGUUUUAUUUGCUCUGAUGGGGAGGCUCAGAACAUCUUAGCUGUCAAUGUGCACUUUGGACUUUGAAUUUCUUCAUUUAUGUUAGACUACUUAUUCAUUUCCUUAUUCAAAAAAGUCAAUGUUCGCGUGAUCUUCAAAAUAUAUUCCAUUUCACUCUGCAUAAUAUACAGUAAGUCAUUGGUACUUAUUUUUCUGAAUGUAUGUUACCUAUAUCAUUAUCAUUACAAAAAAAAAGUAAAUGUUUACAUUAACUUCAAUUUUAAUACAUAUCCUAUGUUCUUAAGUAGUUAAAAUUGAGAUUUGGCAUUUAGUAUGUGAAGAAAUGAAGGAAAAUAAAAAUUAGCAGAUGGAGGUUGGGGUUGCUGUUUUUGGUAACCUUUAUUUUGAAAAUCAUUGAAAAAAUACAAUUUUGAAUGAAAAUCAGUUUUUGUAUGUGUUAUAGAAAUAACUGCGCUAAAACAGUUUUCUUUGCAUUUCAGUAGUUUAAGAGGUUUGGAAUGCCCCCCCCCCCACCCCCCCCAAAAAAAUGAAAGAACAAAAAUUAUAAAUAAAUAAAAUUUCUGGCUCUUGGCGGCCUUCACAUCGGGGAGUUCCGGCAAGAAGCUCUAGCCACUUUCACCCCUUACGAUAACUAAUUACUUUUUUAAAGUAGCAUGCCCAACACUGGUCAUUAUUUAAUGCAAAUAAGGUUGCGUAAAAGUUGGUGGGGACAAUUUGCGCACCCUGAAAAGUUGGUAGUAUUGUGUCCCUACAGUCCCUGUGCAAACUAUGUUUGGGAAUCUCUGGCAUGAAGCCGAUUCGAUAUGUAUCUAGAUACACAGGUUACGAUUCGAUUCAAACACGAUACAUUUUUAAGGCCGACCGAUUCGAUACGAUUCGAUACAGUUUAAGAACGAUACGGUUCGAUACAGAGUGAAAACGAUACGAUAGUAAACAUUUGUUGUUUGUGUUCGUACAGUAUUUCAAACAUAUAAAAAAAGACCACAUUUCUAAUAGCAAAAUUAAACAACAAAAUUUUAUACCAAUGUUAUGUUUUAUUUUUUAUUGAAAAAAAAAAUAAAUAAAUAAGGCUUACUAUAUGACCGUCAUUUUGUUGGAUGGGAUUGAUAAUAAAAUAAAACUCCAGUGACAGACAACAAUAAAGUGCAGUAAUUCAAUUACUGUAUUUCCUGGUGUUUUGAACACAAGAGGUAAGUAAUUUAAGUGCAAACUUUCAACGUAAACAUCUUACAAACAAAAAAUAUUAAUUAUAUGCAGCAGCUCUAGAAAAAAAGAAUUAAACCUGCAAUGUUAUCAUAAAUAAAUAAUCAAUUAUGCUUUACCCUUGGUAUAAUUGGAGGAAUAAAAACAUGGCAUUUUAGACAGACAGGUCAAUAAUCAUUACUUUAACCUUAUACACAGCAGUCUUUCACUUAUGCCUGUGCUUCCACAUUUUUUUAUUCCUCAUCACUGUCCAUAUCUUUUUUGAAAGGCAGAUUUUUUCUUGAGGAAGAUCAACUAAUCCACAUGUUAAUGUUUAAGUAGACUGCGUUUCGUGGGGAAAAAAAAUCUCCAGAGGGUCGUGCUGCCCUUUUCACCAUUGUAGUAGGUUAUUUUUCAGGGUUAGAAACUCACGAUCUCUGUACCGCUCCACACUUCACACUAGCUCUGUCCCAUGCGAACAGAUCUGGCUGCCUUCCUCAGUUCAAAGUCCGACUUUUGUUUUUCCUGGAUGCGUUGAAAAUCAAUUGCUGCACGUCGCUGGCGUCGGUGCUCAAACUGUCCAUUGUUUUAGCAUGUUGCUUCGUUACCACUACUAGUUUCGUUUUCGUUUUGGGCUGUGAAGAAAACGCUACGCAGCGUGUGUUACAGUGGUUUUGUUAGCUUUCGCGUUGUUAUGACAUGCCCGUGACGAUCGGGUAAUGACGGCGACUAGUAGCGGUUCUGCCGUUGCACGGGAAAUUGCGCGUGCGGUCUCAAUCUGAGUGCGCUGUGUGGUGAAUGACACAAGCGCAGCAUGUGAAGUAAAAGCUAAAUUAUCAUCCCAUUAAGCAAUGCAUUGAACUUAGGCAUUGUGCUCGCGAUAGCCGAAUUCUAUCUCUACUAUCGGUUCAUUGAAUAUUUAAUGCAGGGGUGGGCAAACCGGUCCUCGAGGGCCGCAGUGGGUCCUGGUCUUUGUUCCAACUGACCCAGCACAGAUAGUAUAACCAAUGAGGUUUCAGCAGAAAUGAGAAGCACCUGACUGCAAUCAACUGAUUGCAUUUGUAAAACAGCAGACUGGUGAAAAUGUGUCCUCUUAAUGGGUUGCAACAAAAACCCGCACCUACUGCGGCCCUUUGUAGAAUAGUUUGCCCACCCCAGAUUUAAUGGCUAAUUACUGUCGAAUGGUAACUUUACUAUCGAUACAGCUGUAGCUCUCACCUGUAAAACCGGAUAUCCGGUCGUAUCGGUUUAUCGUUCUCAAGCUUAGUGCAAACCUGCGCCCUCGGUUGUGCUGUCCCUACCAAUGUUGAGACCAAACCGAUACCUUGUUUUAAAGCAAGUGCUUUUGCACUUUUAUUUGAGUAAAAAUUUCUAAAGAUAUUUGUACUUAAUUUUACAUAAUUUUUGCACCUGUAGCUGUUGUUUAAAAAAAAAAAAAAAAAAAAAAAAAAAGUACUUCCUACACAACGGUCUGUGGCGAAUCAUGGAGAAAUGUGCUGCAAAAUGUUUUCUGUCCACUAGAGGUCCCCCGAACUCGUUUUUGUCAUCGUCCAUUCGGGACUCUUCGGAAAACCUCGGUGAAGUCGAAGAGAGGAAGUCCAUACCAUGUUUGGCGAUGUUCCCGAGGGCAUUCAACUGGACACUUGUAACAGCGUGUAGUGUACUACAUUGGGAGUACUCACUCAGAACGGAUUACUUUAAAACGAUAUAGAAUAUUCUAAACGGCCGCAAUGGCUCAAGCUAAAAUACAAGCAAAAAUCAACGACGUGUCGAGCGGCAAGUUCAACAGAUCUAUGUCCAUGGCGGACCGGGCCGGACAACUUUUGUCGAAUUUGGAUCAGCUGGAGUUGAGGGUGGAGGCGCUCCGCGAAACAGCUUCGGCCAUGGAGCAGGAAAGGGAGUGCAUCCUGGAAAUGAUUCAAUCCUUACAAAACAGUCAAGAAAUGCACAACAUCAGUGCUGGAGAGAAAGAGGAAUUGACUUUAACUGCCGACCGACUGAUGGGCCGCACGUUAUCGGUAGAGAUCAACGUGGGCACCAUCAGAAGCGGUCAACAGGAGGAGGCCCUGCGCCAGGCCACAUCCAUCAUCGACGAAAUCGUGAAGAAGUUGUUGGUUGACAUGACCGAAUCAAAGCAGCGGCUCCUCGCCUUGCAUUCGGCGUGCGUGACAGAGGCGCCGCCCGUGCCCAUUGACCAAAAGUUUCAGGCCAUUGUGAUCAGCUGUGCUCUGGAGGACCAGAAGAAGAUCAAGAGAAGGCUAGAGACGCUGCUGAGGAAUGUUGGAAAUGCUGAGAAGAAUAUUAAGAUCAUGGAUCACCAGAAAUUAGAGGAGCCAAAAACCAACGGCAGUCAAUAGGAUUCGUCACCAAACCCUGAAAUGUCCUCCCUGUCUUAAGUAAACUCUGUAGUAUGCGAUGAAGCUACUGUGGAUGCAUACGGUACAUUUGUUGUGUACGAUGGGGCCAAAAUUACAGCAUGUAAAAGUUAUUAUCCCAGCAUGUAAUAUUUAUGUCACAGUUAAAUAGAUCAUUGAGGUUUAACUGCACUACCUCAAUGCAUGAAGACAAUAGAAGUCACGUUAAGAUGAGGAUUUGUUGCCAAUAAGGUGCUUGUUUUGUUUGUUUACGAGUGAAUAAAAUCAUUAUUAAACAAGCUAAAAGCUACUUGUUGCUUUAUCAACUGUUUUGAUCUCAAACUUUCUACUCAUGUCCUUCCGACUCAAUUAUAAGCGAUUAUGUAAAAUGAAGAACAUGACGCUUUUUCAAGAAUAUGUUAAAAAGACAUGUUGAUUCCUGUCAACUUGUCUCUGCUUUGAGAUCAAUUCUUAAAGCGCAGAUGUGUUACUGAUGACUGAAUUUUGAAGUCGUCAUUUCCAUGUGGUCACAUUUUAAGGAAGUGAUAUAUUUGAAGGGUCAAGGUCAGAGGUGGG